GCUAUAUAAACGCGGUGGAAUGGGAGCGGGUCAUUCAUUUGUCGUGGUGUGACUUUACUUUACCUGACUGUACUUGUGGGAAGCGGUUGUCAGUAAACAUAAUGCGUGAAUGUAUCAGCCUUCAUGUUGGUCAAGCUGGUGUGCAGAUUGGCGAUUCGUGUUGGGAGUUGUACUGUCUGGAGCACGGGAUUGAACCGGAUGGACGACUGUCGAGUGAGUCGCCAAUGUCGAGUGGCGAUGGGAAUGACGCUUUCAGCACGUUCUUCAGCGAGACAGGUUCUGGCCACUAUGUCCCUCGUGCUGUGUUUGUGGAUCUUGAGCCGACAGUGAUCGACGGCUUGCGCCACGGGAAGUACAGGCAGUUGUUUCACCCAGAGCAAAUGAUCACUGGAAAGGAGGACGCGGCGAAUAAUUACGCACGUGGUCACUACACCGUGGGUAAGGAGUUGGUAGACGAGGUGUUGGAUCGAAUACGUAAGCUGUCGGAGAGAUGUACGGGUCUUCAGGGCUUCCUGAUCUUCCACUCGUUUGGAGGUGGAACUGGUUCGGGUUUCACGUCGUUGCUGAUGGAGCGACUGUCGGUGGAUUUCGGGAAGAAGGCGAAACUGGAGUUCGCUGUAUAUCCGGCUCCACACAUCUCGACGGCCGUUGUUGAGCCGUACAACUCAAUUCUGACGACGCACACAACAUUGGAGAACUCAGAUUGUGCCUUCAUGGUGGAUAACGAGGCGAUUUACGAGAUCUGUCGUCGUAAUCUGACCAUCGACCGACCAUCAUAUACGAACUUGAACCGUCUGAUUGGCCAGGUGGUGAGCUCGAUAACAGCGUCACUUCGAUUCAGUGGUGCACUGAACGUGGAUUUGAACGAGUUCCAGACGAAUCUGGUCCCCUAUCCUCGAAUCCAUUUCCCGCUGACGACAUACGCGCCGAUCAUCUCAGCGGAGAAGGCAUUCCACGAGCAGCUGAGUGUGUCAGAGAUCACGAACUCGUGUUUCGAGCCAGUGAAUCAGAUGGUGAAGUGUGAUCCUCGUAACGGGAAGUACAUGUCGUGUUGUUUAUUGUAUCGUGGUGAUGUUGUUCCUAAGGAUGUGAAUUCAGCUAUCGCGAGUAUCAAGACUCGGAAGUGUAUUCAAUUUGUGGAUUGGUGUCCUACAGGUUUCAAGGUUGGUAUCAAUUACCAGGCGCCGACGGUUGUUCCUGGCGGUGAUUUGGCUAAGGUGAAGCGUGCAGUGUGUAUGUUGAGCAAUACGACAGCGAUAUCUGAGGCGUGGUCACGUUUGAACCGUAAAUUCGAUUUGAUGUAUUCGAAGCGUGCUUUCGUGCACUGGUAUGUUGGUGAAGGGAUGGAGGAGGGUGAAUUUUCAGAGGCGCGUGAGGAUUUGGCUGCUCUGGAGCGAGAUUAUGCGGAGGUGGCGAGUGAUACGAAUGCAGAGGAGAAUCAAUCAGACGAGGGUUUUUGAUGUAAUGUAAAUAAACUUUUGAAUGAUGUAUAAUUGAUCACACUAUUUUUGCUGAUAUAAACAAAUUUAUUAAACAACGA